AUGGAAGGUCAUGGAGCUGCUGUGUCUUUGCUACAGGUUCGGAACGAAUCGUCCACGCUAGAACACGCUGCUCUGAGCACUAGGGCGUCCAAGAUUCCGUUGAAGCACCGACGCUACGUGCGUCGAAGCACCGUUCGCUACACGCAGCAUCGUAUGCUGGAACGGGAGGCUGUGCCGUGGCGAAAGAACAACUCCUUGUCGCUGCCGACGGUGAGGGAGCCUACCUACGAAGAACAACAAACAAAAGAUGCUCUUCCUUAG